UCCAUAAUGGAUGUUGGCGACCACUCCACUCUCAUGCAGUCCCCCAGGUCAGCUUCUCGCCCCGAGCCUGCGCCGGAAUAUCCUGGCGUGAGCAUAGGAUGCUCAUGGAGGAUACCGGAUUUGAUGUGAAGAAAACCCCAAAGGAAAUGGCAAAUGGCUUUAGGCAGAUUUGAGACGAUUUUGACUGGAGUGCACUGUCAAGAAAUAGUGGGACAUAAGGGUGAAGGAACUAUACUGAGCCCUUACAAGAGCCAGAGUAUCAGGGUAAAACCCACCAUGCAGGGUAUUUUGUGGGUUUUAAAUGAGAUCAACACAAAUAAACUUUGCAAUUCUAGAGGUAACGUUCUGACCAAAAGUCAAACACAACUUAAGACCAAACCACCAGUAAUCAUCAUAUGUCUGGAAGUCCGUCUGAUGACCAGUUGUCUAUUACUCUACUGAGGUUGAUUGCAGUUUACCAGUGAUCUUUUCCCUGGUAUUUUUUUUAACAUUGGAGAUACAGUCUUAUUUUGUAACUUCACCUGGUGGUAAGCCAGGAGUCCUCCUGCCUCAGCCUUCCAAGUGCCGGCAUUACAGGUGUAUGUCACCAUACUUCUGUUUUCUAUGAAAUUUCAGUUAUGCAUAUUAGGCUUCCCAAAAUGCUGGGAUGUGUUGCAGGCGUUUCUAUUUUAGUCUGCUUAACUUUGUGGCUGUCUUUCAAUGGAAAUAAAUUAUAACAUAGAAUUAAAAGCUUCCAGGGAGGCUUUUUCCUCAGCCUUUUCCAAAGCCUGAAUGCCUUAAUUGCUGUGACAUAGUACCUGUUAUUGAUGUACAAGGGUGGAAUUAAAUUAUACUUGUAAGGAGCACUUAGCAUAAAGCCUCAUGAGAACAAGUGCUCAAAAUACUAGUUAAGAUGAUGUUUAAUAGUGUUCCAUUGUGUGUCUGUCCUCUUGACAAUAAAUUAUUUAAGCAAGUUUUCUGUUGUAGAUGCUUAGAAGAGUUUAGAUUUUAGUUGCAUUAUUUAAAGGUUAAAACAGACGAUAUAUAUAUAUAAUGUGCUUAGGAAGUUGGCUGGCAGAUAACCUUCAAUAAAGAUAUGUUGGUGAUGGUUAACUAAAAGCAUUGUAACUAUUCUCUCAUGUUUCUAGAAUAAAUUCCAGAAGAGAAUUGGCCAAUCUGAGACUGUUUAAAGGCCCUUGCUACUCAUCCCAAUGUACAUAUCAUUCCUAAAGUACAUAUCUAAUGAGGACACAACUAUGCUGAAAUCCCUCCCAAAGCACCUUUUGAUGUAGUUUGACCUCUGCUGGCUUCUCCAUGUUCAUCUUCCCUCCAGUGUUGCUCAUGACUAAGUCUCCCCAUAUCUAAUCUCAGUAGUAAUUAUUUUAUUUUAUUUUAUUUUUUAGAUUUAUUAUGUAUACAGUAUUCUGCCUUUCAUAUAUUCUUGCUCACCAGAUGGGGCACCAUAUCUCAUUGUAGAUGGUUGUGAGCCACCCUGUGGGUGCUGGGAAUCGCACUCAGAACCUUUGGAAGAACAGCCAGUGCUCUUAAUCUCUGAGCCACCUUUCCAGCCCCUAAGUAAAUCUUUUUUUUUUCUUUUGUAAUUCUUUAUGUGAUAAAGAUCUGCCUCUUACUUAUUCGAGACUCAGGCUUUCCCUGCCUGUAAUAUUGCUCCUCCCUCUCAUCAAAACCGUAGACCCCAGUUGUGCCAAGAAAGCUGCAGCACUUCUCCCUCGGUCCCUCCAGCCUGGACUAAGGGAGCGGUGAGACUGCAAACACGCACCACCGCACCUACCAGUCUGUAGUUAGACUCUUCACUGUGAGACGGUGAGAUCCAUUCAGCUAACCCAAGCAAAGGGAGGUCGAAGAGGAGAAGAGUCUUCCGGAAAUCCACGGAACUGGAGCUCACUUCCCUAACUCAUCUGGCACUGCCCAUGAGCGCCAGUGUUCCACCACUGUGAGCCACAACCAUUGGUUCUGUCUCCUGGUGACUCUGCACUCCUGGUCCCGUGAUUACUUCAGCACCUCCUGAUAUCUUUUUGCCUCAUCGCUUGCAUAAUGUCCCAACACUUUAAAAUUCAUGUUCACAAAGAAGGAUCUUUUCAUCCCGGACCAUAUCUGUCAUAGUUUUUGUCAACUGAAUACAUACUCAGGAAGAGAGAAUCUCAAUUCAGCUGCCUCCACAGGAACAGAACUCUACCCUGAAGAUGAUGGGCUAGCAGACACUGCACUGCAGUUUCAAUAUCCACAGCUUUUGUUCUCACUCUAGAAUGAGCAUGGUGUGCCCUUGGCCUUGCUUUGACUGCUCCUUGUAAGGUUAUGGGGAUGAAGGUGGUUGCAUUGCUCACUGGUAUAUGGAGAGGCCUUGCCACACGGAUCAGAAGACCCUGGGUUUGGUUAUUCUCAUACCUUCUCUACUCCCACACUUCUUCCUCACUAGGACUCUGUCCUUCCCUACCAGAACAGCAUAGAAGGGAAUGGCUGCUGUGUCUCCACCUACGAGAUGUCAGGCAUCAGUGACAUUUGAAGAUGUGGCCGUGACUUUCUCAGAUGAAGAGUGGAGGUGUCUGGUCCCUGUGCAGAGGGCACUCUACAAGGCAGUGAUGCUGGAAAACUAUGAGAGUAUCAUCUCACUGGGGCUUCCUGUUCCUCGACCUGAUAUGAUUCUUCAGUUGAAGAGAAGGGGUGAGCCGUGGAUGCAGGGUCUUCAUAGAUCUGAGGAAAAAGAAUGGCCAGAGAGCAUCUCUCUAGACCAGGAGACUAAGUCUGAGAUCCUAGGUGCUUCAGAAGGAACACCAAGAGAAAGCUAUAGAAAGCGAAGUUCUCUGUGCCCGAAACGUGAAGUUCAAACUCUAGCAGGUGGGUUGGAACCAGAGAAGAAAAGUUCUAAAGCAGAGACUUGCAAGAAACCCCUUUCCUUGGAUAAGAGCUUGCAGCAAAGGUCAGCCCCAUCCAAGAGAAUCCUCAGUAAACAUCAAGACCAGGAAUGUAGUGACUGCGGGAAGACCUUCUUUGACCAUUCCUCACUCAUCCGCCACCAGAGGGCUCACACUGGAGAGAAGCCCUACGACUGUCCUGAGUGCGGGAAGGCCUUCAGCCACAGGAGCAGCCUCAGCAGACACCUGAUGUUCCACACAGGACAGAGCCCAUAUGAGUGCAGUGCAUGUGGCAAAGCCUUCUUUGACCGGUCGUCCCUAACGGUGCAUCACCGGAUCCACACAGGAGAGAAGCCUUUCAAAUGCAAUGAGUGUGGCAAAGCCUUCUUUGACCGGUCGUCCCUUACUCGCCACCAGAGGAUUCAUACUGGGGAGAGUCCCUAUGUAUGUCAGCAGUGUGGGAAAGCCUUCAGCCAGAAGAGCAUCCUCACUCGCCACCUGCUGAUCCACACUGGCAGGAAGCCUUACGAAUGCAGGGAAUGUGGGAAAGCGUUCUAUGGUGUCACAUCCCUAAACAGACACCAGAAAGUGCAUACCGGGGAGCCACGCUUUCAGUGCAGUGACUGUAGCAAAGCUUUCUUUGACCGCUCUUCUCUCACACAGCACCAGAAGAUACACACUGGAGACAAGCCGUAUGAGUGCAGUGAGUGUGGGAAAGCCUUCAGCCAGAGGUGCCGGCUCACACGACAUCAGAGAGUUCACACAGGGGAGAAACCCUUUGAGUGCAGUGUGUGCGGCAAAGAGUUCAGUUCCAAGUCCUCUGUUAUUCAGCAUCAGAGGCGUUACGCCAAACAAGGGAUAGACUGAACAGGGGAGAAGCCUGAGCUAAACAAAGGGCCUUUCUAGAAACUCAGUAGGUCUCCUUGUCAUCGACAAAUCCAGCCUUUGCUCAUUCCGCCAACUCUGGCGACGAUCUUCCUGCCCCACCAAUGCUCCAAUGUCUAAGUAAACAGUGCACUCACUGUACUACAAAACCAAUGUGGAGUGCAGAAGCUACAACAGGAAGCUCCAGAAUCAACAUUUUGGGUGGAGGCUGGGUGUAGCUCAGUGGUAGAAUACUGCUAGCAUGCAUGAGGCCCGUCAGCUUGAUCCCCAGCACUGCAAAAGACAUUGAAGAGAUUGCCAGAUGGCUAGAUGGGUAUUAGAGGAGGGGAAUCUACAGACAUACCUUGUGAGGACAGGCUGUUAUCACUGUACUUUAAUAGCUGCAGGCAGGAGGGGAGUGUCACAGUUAUGGGAGAAGAGCAUUUUCUUCAGAAGCAUCUUUAGAAGCUUGCUGUCUUGUGCCCCAGCAUUUAUCCUCCUAGUGCUACUAGUGGUAGUAAUAGCACUUACUAAGCACUUACCUUGGAGUAAACACUCAGUGAAUUUUUAGAAGGGCUAUAAUGACUGAUUCUCUCGCUGAAUCUGUAAAACAGGCCCUUUUGCUGUCUGAAUUUCACAGAGGCGCACACUGAAGUUUAGAGAGAUCAAGUAACAUACUGUAGGUCACGCAAAGUGAAGCCAGGCAUCUUGGUUGCUUUUCUGUUGUGCAGAGACUCAAUGGCCAAAGCAACUUAUAAAAGAAAGCAUUUACAGGGCUUGCUUCUAGCUCCAGAAGGUGAGUCUGUGGCCAUCGUGGCAGGGAGCAUGGCAGCAGAUAGGCACAAUGCUGGAGCAGUAGCUGAGAGCUUACAUAUGAUCCACAAGCAGUAGGCCAAGAGAUGGGGACAGACAGACAGACACACUGGUCUUGGCACAAGCUUUUGAAACUUCAAAACCCACCCCCAGUGGCACACCUGUUCCAACAAAGCCACACUUCCUAACCCUUUCUAAACACUCCAUCAACUGGGAACCAGACAUUAAAAUACGUAUAUGAGCCUGUAGGGCGAUUCUCAUUCAAACCACGUUCUACUUGAGGACAAGAUCAGCUGAUCUUCAUGCUGAGAAAUAGGUCUUUUUGCUGUCCGAAUUUCACAAAUGAGCACACUGAAGUUUAGAGAUUUAGUAACAUACUCUAGACAACACAAGGUGAAGCCAGAUCUUUGGUAUGGGACUGCCUUCAGUGUUUCUACUACAGUAAGAUGCUCUUAAGUUUUGUCUUAUAAUUUAUAUGCCUGAAUUAUCUUCUCAACUGGAUCGUAAGCACUUGAAGGUGUGAUUUAAUAGGUCUCUGUCUUACAGGGUGCCUUUCAAAUAUUAGGUGAUCAAUAAAUGUUUAUCUAAAUGAAUACCCAGGUCUCUAUUCAAAACCUGCUUGGGUCUACCUCCUAUCUAAGUUUUCACAAUCUGGCCUCUAACAUCCCAGUAGUCACUUCUAAGUUCUAUUUCUUCCUUCUUAAUUGCUCAAGAUAAAUACUAAGCCCUGCACAGUAACAAAGAAGCCUCCUAAAUAAAUAAGUUCCUGUGUCUGUCA